CUGCAUCGGCAGGAGCAGGCUCUUGUGUCUGCUGGGCCUAGUAUUCACUAAUGAUUAUUAUUAAUGCAUUCAGUGGUAAAGGCUGUUACCAGCAGCUCAUAUCCAACGAGCGGAGGAUCAGGGCAGGGUACAUGAGGAAAUACAGACGAUGAAAGAAAGCUAUGGCGGUGCGGAGACAGAUCCUGUGAGAUUAGCCUGACGUUAGCAGAAACGCUCUGUGCACUGAGGAGCCGCACACAUAUACAAUAGAAUACAGGUUAUCCAAACAACUUGAUGUCGGUGUGGGGUCCAUGACCAGAAGUUAGUCUUAGAACCGUCAGGAUGGACAAGAGCAGGAGUCACAUGACUGAGAGGAUAUUAAGCCUCACCCUGGAGAUCAUCUACCUGCUGACCGGAGAGCAUUAUAUACCUAUGAAGAAGGAGACUACUGAUAGUCUGACCCCCAGCAGUGGCUCCUGCAUGUCAGGAGGACUGAGCAGGACCCAGAGCCCCAUCAUGGUGCCUCCACCUCACUCGCUAACACAUGAGAGAGACCGUGAACAGAAGAUCCUGGAACUCACCAACAAGAUCAUUCAGCUGCUGACUGGAGAGGUUCCUAUAAGGUGUCUGGAUGUCGCUGUCUAUCUCUCUAUGCAGGAAGAGGCGUAUAUAGAGGAACACAGGGAUCUGUACAAGGACGUGAUGGUGGAGCAACUUCUGCCCUUGACGUCUGUGGAUGGGUCCAAUAACAGAAAUAAGCUGGAGACAUAUCCCACUCCUCUUUAUCCGGAACAUUCUACAGCGGAAGAUUACAGUGUCCCACAGGACUAUCAGGAAGAAAACUUGACCAAUGUUCCUACCAAUGUAUUACAGAUUGAUGGUAGAGGAACAAUGUAUAUUAAGGUUGAGCAGGAGGAAAUUCCUACAGAUAUGAGCCAAGUACACGGACACAGCAGCAGGAGUUCCUGUCAGAGACCAACUAUUUUCUCUCAGGAUUGUGAGACAAAAGAUAUCAUCACAGGAGACUCUGGAGGAGAAAACCCCAUUAUCCCCACAUCAGUACUGCACAGUGCAGACCUAUCACCUGAUCUCUCCAAACACGACGCAUGUUUACCUCAUAACUCAGAUACCGUUACACACAACUCUAUCCAUGACGGGGGUGGAAGGUUUGCAUGUCCAGAAUGUGGGCAGUGUUUUACACAGAGGUCAGAUUUGGUUGAACAUGAGGUUAUUCACAAAGGGGAGUUUGUUAAGCAUAAGAGAAUUCACACCGGCGAGAAUCCAUUUACGUGUACUGACUGUGGGAGAUGUUUUACAAAGAAAUGCAGUCUUGUUACUCAUCAGAAGAGUCACAAAAGUGAAAAGACUUUUGGAUGCUCGGAUUGUGGGAAAUGUUUUAGAAAUAAAUCAAGUCUUGAUGAGCAUUUUAAAAUUCACACAGGAGAAAAGCUGUUUCCAUGUUCUGAGUGUGGGAAGUGUUUUGCACGAAAGUCGUAUCUUUUAAAACAUCGACUGAUGCAUGUGGGUGACACACCCUUUCCGUGUCUCGAGUGUGGGCAGUCUUUUGCAUGCAAAUCAUAUCUGGUACGACAUCAGAGAACUCACACGGGGGAGAAGCCAGUUUCCCGUUCUGGGCGUGAGACAAGUUUUAUACAAAAACUAAGUCUUAUUGAUAAUCAGACCACUUACACCAGGAAAAAGCCGUUUCCUUGUACUGAAUGUGGGAAGUAUUUUGCGUGUAAUGCCACUCUGGUUAGACACCAGAAAACUCAUACGGGUGAGAGGCCCUAUCCAUGUUCUGAUUGCGGGAAAUGUUUUACAAGAUCUGAUGUGCGUGCAAAACAUCAGAGGACUCACACAGGCCAGAGACCAUUUUCCUGUUUUGAAUGUGGAAAAAGUUUUACACAGAAACAAAAUCUUGUUGAACAUCAGGCCAUUCACACACGUGCAAAAUCGUAUCUAUGUUCAGAAUGUGGAAAAAGUUUUGCAAAGAAACAAAAUCUUGUUGAACAUCAGGCCACUCACACACGUGCAAAAUCCUAUCUAUGUUCAGAAUGUGGAAAAUGUUUUGCAUGUGAAAAAACCCUUGCUCGGCACCAGAGAGUUCAUGUGGGCGAAAUGGACCCAAUGGAAAUGUGCUGAGUGUGGGAAAUGUUUUACACAGAAGUCACAUCUGGUGAGGCAUCAGAAAUCUCACACGCGAUUAUACAACUGAAAAGCUGUUCGUAAAUCUGUAUUAAAUUAGAAUAUUUUAUCCAAAGAGCAAA